AUGUCUUCUUCAACGAAUGAAACCAUUGCUCUAUUUACUUAUCUGACUUUACAUGUAAAUGCCGUUCUUGCUCCGCCGAUUUUCGUUCUUGGUAUGAUUGGUAAUGCGAUUAAUAUUUGGAUCUUUACAAGGAAAUCUCUGCAGAAAAAUCCCUGCUCAAUAUACUUUUGUUCAGCAUCUAUCGUCAGUUUGCUCGCGCUCUGUUCGGGAUUGAUGAGUCGUCUUCUCGGCGGUUAUUCAAUUGAUCUAACAACCUGGAAUAGUGUUUUAUGCAAAUUACGUUUCUACUUCUAUUAUUUAAGUAUUGUUCUUCUCUCAUGGUUUUUAGUUUUUGCAUCACUCGAUCGUUUUCUGUCAACGUCACAAUUCGUAAAUUAUCGAAAAUUGAGUUGUACUCGAGUCGCCUACCGACUCGUCUUCUGUUCGACAGUUUUUAAUAUCUUACUCUAUCUUCAAGUCUUUUACUGUUUCAUCGCAGAUCCAAAUCAAUAUCCAAUUCAAUGUUAUGCAUACGGAGACAUCUGUCGGACUUUUAAUGAUCUAGAAUUUCUCAUCAUUUACUCACUGCUACCGGCGAUUCUCAUGGGUAUCUUUGGAUGUCUAACAGUUCGAAAUAUUCAACAAAUGGAGAGACGAAUUGAUUCGACAACAAAUAUUCCCAAUUGCCGACAAAAGAGAAUUCAACUUGUUCCGAUGCUACUCGUCCAAAUCGCUUUCUUUCUUAUCUUUACAAUCCCGCUGGCUGUAACCAAAUUCUACAAUACGCUAAUCGUUCUUUUACAUCUGUCACUAACACCAGAACAUCGGGCUUUCGAAACAUUUGUUUUCAACAUUACAGUGCUGGUAUCAUAUCUGAAUUGUUCGAUCAGUUUCUACGUUUAUACUUUGGCUGGCAAUGUAUUUCGGCAAGAACUAAAAAAAACCGCACAACAAAUCGUGGCGAAGAUCAGAUGUUAA